GGUCAUGGCAACCCAGAACGUGCUGCUGAACCACUUGCGCACUCCGCUGUUCCACCCCGAGGGAGCGUUCGUGCCUCAGGAGCCUUCCCGCCACCCGCUCUCUUCUCUCACCGACGCCUUCGUGCCUGAGGCUGGGCCACCUGCCCCACAACGGCGAGUCACCCCGGCGGCGUGACCGGACCCAGGCGAGGUCCCGCAGCGCAGAGAGGACGCGUAAGGGGGCUGGACGGAAUCGUCCUCGCCCGCGGGACCAGGUGUUGGCUGAGUUUCUGGGCCCGCCUUGCAUGGACGGGAAGAGGCGGCCGGGGACACGGGCGCACGUUCAAGGGAACGGUGUGGCCCACGCCGCCGCUAGCCGGCACCAGUCCGUGUUUGCCAAGGUCGGCGCCCGGGAGGCUUCCAGGGGCGUUGGGGGAUCGACGCCUCCCUGUUUUAUUCUCCCUCUGCUGAGACCGCUGCGCCCCAGGGUCACUGCACGUGCUGCAGGCCGGGGCAGCCCAGGUGCGCGCUGCUCGCACAGCAGGUUUCGCCGGCGCUGGCUGUGAUCGGGGACCGGACCUGCCCCGCCCCCCGCCGGGCUCUCACGUGCGUGCCGAACCGCCCUGCUCCGCAGCUGCCCAGGGGCCCUAGCAGCCCUUCCCCGCGCGCUCAGGCUGGAGAGCUCGCCUAGUGCAGGGACGGCGGGCUCCGGCGAGCUCCUCCUCCGGCGCUAGCUCCCCCUCCCUGCACUGGAGCCCGGACUUUCCAGAGCCCCCGCAAUUCGGCUCGCCCGCGGCUGCUCCGACAUGAGGCUCUGGGUCCUGCUGAGCCUCCUGCUGCUGCACGAAACGCUGCAAAAUGUUACCGGACAACCUGCAAAGAGUAAGCGUCCAAAGAACCAGGAGGAAAACAAAAUUAAACCUGCCAACAAAAAAAUGAAGCCCCAAACUCCUAAAUUAAAGGAGAGAGAAUCCAGUGACUCAUCCACAAAAUCCCAAUCCAUAAUGAUCCAAGUGAUGGAUAAAGGCCGCUUCCAGAAACCUGCUGCCACUUUGAGUCUGCCUGCAGGGCAGAACAUAGAACUACGAUGUAAAGGGAAUGAAAUUGGGUGGAGUUAUCCUUCAUACCUAGACACCUUUAAAGACUCCAGGCUCAGCAUUAAGCAGCUUGACAGAUAUGGUCAGCUGAUACUUGCAAAUUCUACUGCAGCAGACUCUGGUGAAUAUAGUUGCUGGCUUCUUCUCUGUAAUGGCUAUAGCUGCAAGAAGGAUGAGUCUAAAACUGGCUCAACGUACAUCUUUUUCACAGAUAAAGGGGAGCUCUUUGUACCUACUUCCAGUUAUUUCGAGAUUGUCUACCUGAACCCAGAUAAACCAGCAGUAAUCCCUUGCAGAGUGACCAUCCCAUCAGCAAAAGUAACUCUGCACAGGGAGUUUCCAGCAGAAGAAAUCAAAACAGAUGGAACUAACAUUAUCUAUGAUGUGAAGAAGGGUUUUAUCUAUCAGCACCCCACCUCUGACCAUAUAGGAGUGGUCUAUUGUAGAGCUGAAUCACAGGGAGCACCUCAGAUUUCCAUCAAAUAUCAAUUACUGUAUGUGGAAGUUCCUAGUGGUCCACCAUCAACAACAAUUGUGGCAUCAUCCAACAAAGCAGAAGGUGGUGACAACGUUAAUGUUCUCUGUAUAGUCCUUGGGGAGCCAGACGUAGAAGUAGAAUUCAGUUGGAAGUACCCAGGGGAAGAGUAUGAAAGGCCUGUGAUUAUCCAAGAUUCUUGGAGGCUGAUCAACAGAGGAAUUGGGCAUACCACAAGAAUUUCCAAGAGUGUUAUUGCCAUUGAAGAUUUCGAAACCAUUGAUGCUGGCAACUAUAUUUGUACAGCUCAGAACCUACGAGGACAAACCACAGUAGUCACCCAUGUUGAACUGACCUGAUAUGUGGAGUCUGUGGACACAGAAUGAACAAACAGUAUGUUAUUGGACACAUUAACCCUUCAGUUUCUUUUUAUGAAUUCUGAGGUGGAGGUUUCUGUCAAUAUCUCUAUCCUCAUGUCCUUACAUUCCACUUCCAUUAGAGAGCAGAGAUCUUAAUGCUUAUCAAUACUCAGGAAAAUUGGGUUGAAACCCAUGUAUUAAACCUUUGUAGCCUGAUUAUUAUGCAUGUGGCUCCUAAGUGCUCCUAGUACAGUGAUAAAUCUUUGGCAGGGAGAGUCUAUAUACAAAUAACUUUUAUGUUAGGUAAAUAUAACCACUAUUAAAAUGUUGAUUGUGCGUUAUUUUCAUGAAUGCUGAGAGGAGGAUAAAAAAUAACUUUUUAAGUAGACCCACCGGCAUAGAUAUAUUUUCUUCUUUGUCAUGGUGGUGAUUUUAACACUUUUGUACGUGUAAAAAUAUUAAAACUUAGUCAUGAUUCACUUGUUAUAGAAAAUUAGUCAACAGUGAUUACUCUUCUCUGGUUUUGGUAGACCUUAAUUAAAUUUCUUUACUGAAUA